UAUUAGUUCAAUUUAUUUGAACAUAUUUGUUUCAUUCUUAUCUCAACUAAAAUUAAAUAUCGUCGUCACACAACACAAUCUUAUCUUACAAUCAGUAUAACCACAUUUUUGGUACACGCAUUGUUGUAUUGGUGUGUUAAAUAUGUUAUAAUCUACCAUCAAAAUAUGGGUGCCGAACAUUCGAAAGAACGUCUAGAUUUAGUCGAACUCAAGGCCACCGCUAUAAUUGAAUCGUAUCGCCAGUCGAAUGGAGCAAUUGACAAAACGCAAUGCAUACAGCACCUAAAGAAGUUAAGUGACGAGGCUGUUAAGUGUAAGAAGGCUAGCAAGAAGAAGGUUGACCAUGCCAUACUGUUAAUCGAAGAUUUGAUCAGAGAAAUAAGCAGUGGUGAGCUAAGACGAGCAUCUGACACAUUUAUAGCCACAUCAUCAUUUGUUAACGUGCCUGUAAGUCGUAGGCAGUCCAGAUAUAGCGUGGCAUCUAGUAGUUCGUACGUAUCUGAAGUAAAACCGAAGAAAAAUCUUCUGGGGAAGGCUGUUCAACAACCUACCUCAAUGGGUGAUAUAGAAGGCCGAUUGAAGUCGUUGAAGCAAGAAAUCAAGACGGCCAUAGACAACAACGACAGCAAAUCCCUAAGAACCAUAGAAAAAACCAUCAACGUCCUCUCCACCGACCUUCAAAUGAUACAAGUUGAACCGAGUUCGCCUCUGCAAGAAAAACACGAAUCCAUUCAGCGACAGCUGACCACGUGUUACAACAAGGUGAACAAAGCUAUAAAGGAAAUACGCAAGAGCCGCGACAUGGACUACCAACUUAACCAAACCAACAAAACCGCCAACAAAAAACAAUUCGAUGCUUUGGAGAGAUCGGUGCAAGAGCAAGUCAUAAUGUUGGAUACUGCUUUGAAGACGGACAAUUCUCUUCUGGUCAAACACGUUUUUGACAAGAUUGAGGAAUUUAACGUGCUGUUGGUAGCCCUGGAUGACAGCCCUAGAAAGCAAAAGUUGACCAGGCAAGUGGACGAUAUGAGGAUCAAAACCAACGAGCGGUUAGCUAUGUACACCGUUGCCAAUAGGCUCACAGAGCACGAAAAGGACUUCGAAACAAUCAAAAACAAAAAGGACACAACGGAUAACAGGAAGUUAAUGGAGAACCUUAAAAGGCACGUGGAAAAUGUGCAAGAAAACAGCGAAAAUUCUAUUAAAAGAAAACGUAAACUACUUAAAGAAGUUACGGAGUAUAUAACAAAGUUAGACAGUGAACAAGUACUUUUGAGAAACCAAGCAAAUGACUUACCGAGUAUUCAAAGUCUUAACAACCUAUUUAAUGAGUGGAAUAAAACAAAGGAAGACUUGAUGGACACCAAAACAGUUGAAGAAGCUAAAAAUAUCUACCUCACAUUGACAAAAUUGGAAACGUCGAUAAAGGAGUGUAAAAACGAUAUUCAAACAAAGUUCGACUUCAGAAAAAGCCAGGUGUCAUUCAAAAAUGACACCAGCUCCCACGUUAGCAACAAAAGCUACACCAACCCUGCCCUAAUCAAAACCAAGGCAAAAAUCUAUAAUAUCCCCGUAGAUGAAGUCAAAAACAUCACAAACACUGCAGCUGUAGUCAAAGCCGACAAACAAGUGGAAACAAUGAACGAUAUUAGGAGUAUACAGAACAAGUUCGUCUUCAUUAAGGACAAACUGAAUACCGACCCUAAAAAUGAAGGUUGCAGGGUCAAGCUGCAGAAUUACUACGACAAACUAGGCGAAUAUACUGGGUGUACGAAUGAGAAUGUGUCGGAGAAGGCCAAAGUUUUGCAGAACGAAAUAAUGGAGGUUCUUGUUGGCUUACAAAGAAGGCCCGAGAGAAGAAGCUUGUUUCCCAACAGUAGAAUAUCAGUCGAGACUUCGCUAGAACGAAUUGUGUUGUUGCAAGGCAACGUUGAUGAUAUAGAGAAGGAAAUAUUGAAGGAUUUGGAUGAUGCUGCAGCCUUAGCCAAGCACAAAGAAGAGUUACUGGUGUGUAAGGAAAAACUGUCGAAGAUCAACAUCAACUCCCAGUACGAGAUGUUGAGAACCAGUAAGGAAGAAGUCGUGCAAAAAAUAAACUACUGCAUCAACCUUGUGGAAAGCAAGCUCAACUAUGGUUUCAAUAGGGACAGCAAAGAGGGUGUGAUUAAAGAAGAGUUAAACAAACUUAAAGACCAAGUCAAAAGGUUCUCUGGGGGAUACAAGAACGUUUUGUAUAACGAAAUCGAAACUAGAUUGAACAAACUUCUAUUGCAAGUCAGUGAGGGUAUACAGGAUGAAAAUACAGUACAGGAGUUUGUGAGGGAGAUCGAAAAACACCUAAAAAUAUUGGAGCAAAGAUCAACCAAAGCACAGAGCUUCAGGGAAAGUCUCGGUACUUCCUCCCUAAGCAAAAAACAGAAAGAGCUGAACAUGGAGAAGCAAAUAAAUGAAAUAAACGAAGAUUUGAGCAUUAUUAAAAGUGAAAUACGUAUCAUGGACCCGCUAGCUCUCAAAGGGCGUCUUAAUUUACUCAUAAUAGAAUUGGAUCAUCUGAAUUUGAAGUCAGACGAGAACUUGAAGAGCAAAAUUUGCGAUCUACAAGAAGAUAUAGCAGGGUGUAUUAACUUCGUCACCAACAGAAUAAACACUGAGUGUACAGAUGAAUCAUUUCGGGAUGAUGAUAUACUAAACAUCACCAGGGGUUCUAUAAGAAGUUCCAAGGAUAAGUUUAAGAAAAAUAAGGAGGAAGUCAAGCUCAACAACAUAGAAAUGAAAGUGGAACGUUUAAAGCAAAACAUUGAUGAUUUUAAGGGAUCCAAUGAAAGUCCAGAGUUCGAUGAACUCGACGAUGAAAUUGUUGAUCUUACCAACGAUUUGAGCAAAAUUGAUGUAACGUGCAAUGAAAAAUUGACUUUGCUGAAAUAUCAACGUAUGUCGGAGUUGGACUCAUUGGCAAAUAAGCUGGAGAAUAGAGCAAUACAAAGCAAGAGUUUGAGAAGGAUCGAGAAUGAUAUUGAGAUGGUUAAGAAGAUGAAGCCAAACUUGGCUCUUAAAGAAGACAUAGAAGAUUUGGAUGAAACUUUAACUUCCUUACAGAUAAGAUUAUCCAAGUUGGAUGUGGAUAGAGUGCUGCAAGAUAGAAAGGACAAAUGUUACGAUUUUAUUAAAAAUUACCUACUUAAGAUUAGAAGUAUUGUUGUUGAAAAUCAGGAAGGCACUCUUGUUUAAUUU